AUGUACCGAUCAUAUAUUAUUUACAGUUUCAUAUUUUUCAAUUGUAAAUUAAUUGUAAUAAACUGUGAGAAUGAAACCGAAAAGCUAAAAUGUGAUUACAAUGUGGUUAAUAAUAUAGCAUCAACAUUAAUAACAUUCCUUGGAGCAGAUAAAGAAAAUAGCAGAAUACAAGAAUUAAAACAAAAAUUAGAUAAGAUAGAAAGUUAUGUAAUAGAUAAAGAUAAGUAUAAUGAAUUUUUAUUAAACGAAACUAGAAAAACAGAUUUGAAUGAAACUAAUUUUUUCAAAGCUUUAAAUGAGUCUGAUCAUUUUCGAUUUCUAUUGGAGCCUGAACCUAAAAAUUUAUACUUAAAGUUAAAAGAAAAAAUGAACAGAGAUGAUAUAAUGAAGAUUUUAUCAGACAGAGGUCGAAAAAAUAUGUUAUCCCGAUCCGCUAGAAAAAUGAUGAAGAGCAUAUCUCAUAAUCAAGACAUUGACAAUGACUUGGUAGAUACUGUAGUGGAUAAAAUGAUUGCGCAAGUACCCAAAGAUGACCAUAAAUUCAAAUUCAGAAACGAAGAUAAUAAAUACUGGGACCCUCAAGGUGAACUUGACGAUCUAAAAGAAUUUCAUCGACAUGAUGGGCGCAGAAUAUUCAAAGGAGAAAGAACUACGAUUCGUUACUAUCCUUUUAUGGUGUCUGUUCACGUAAUGGGCAGAUUUUGGUGCGGAGGAGUAAUUUAUUGGCACGAUUUGGUUCUCACUUCAGCAGCUUGUUUACAAUUGAUGCAUAACAACCGAUUUUUCCGUGAAAAUCCUAGUGUGCUACGUGUAAGAGUAGGUAGUAAUCACAGCAGGAUUGGAGGAGAAAUGGUAGAGGCGCUUGAGGUUUAUUUUCAUCCUAGCUAUAAUCCACGGACACUUCGCCAUAACAUAGCAGUAGUACGCCUUCGUCGUCAUCUGUAUUUUAACUACCAUCGACUUCCAAAAAUCAUAGACAUAUCCCAUAAUAGUGAUGGCCUUGCACCUACUUCCGAAGUUCUGGUUCUUGGAUGGGGCGUCACAAAAGUGUCACAAAAGCUACCAUAUGAACCAGUGUUUUUAAAUCGGAAAUUUCUACCUGUCUACCCAAAUGUAUUUUGCAAAGAGGUGUAUGGAGACAAAUUCGUUUCCACUACGAUGUUUUGCGCGGGAACGUUUACAACCGGAGAAGGAGCAUGUGAUCAUGAUGCGGGCGGCCCAGCAGUGUUAGCUGGGAAACUGGUCGGCAUCAUAUCAUUUGGGCCAGCAGUAUGCGGAUAUCCCAACGCCCCCACGGUAUUUACUCUAGUCGGUGCAUAUGCAGAUUGGAUUGAAACGGUCAACGAAACGAUGCCUGACUAUUACCGCGGUAAAAAACGCACAACAACGGAGAGCCCGCUUCAUUACAUCUCUGAGUUCAGGGUCAAGAAGAAGAAAAUCACAUAUUUACCGGAAUUCAUAUAUUCCGACCUAAAAACGACUUCCACCGUUACACCAGCUCCAACACAGCCUACGACAGUCCCCACAACACUGCCGUCGUUAAGGCAGCGGAAGAGGUUAAAAAUGGCCGAAGAUUCAGACACAGAUGGAUUUAGUAUCGAUUUGAAAUAAAAUGAUAGUAAUUGC